UUCGCGACUGCUGGCCUUCGGUCACACUGCUCCCUCACACAUAACAAAAGGCAGGCGAAAAUUUGUUAAUUUAUACGGAUUUUCCCCCAUUUCCCGGACAUUUUCCUGUCAAUCGAGAGAGCACAGUAGCCAAGGGGAAGGCGCAUAACGACGAUUACAAAGAAAUAGGGCAAAAGGAAACCAGGAACAGAGAAAAGGGAGACACUUCAUCAUGGUAACGCCGCAGUCGCCCACGCCCAUGUUCAAUGGCCUAGACGAUGAUCUCUACACGGAGGCCAAGUUUGCCCACGAAAUCAACGACAAGAUGCGCGUACCCAAGCGCAUCAAGGCCACCGGCGAGUACUCGGACGAGGAUCUGCUGCUGUCGAACCAAAAUGGGCUUAUAAGCUCCUGGAAUUACCACGACAAGAUCGACAUGAAUGUCCCGGAUAGAAUCGUGGUCCUUGGACACAAUCAGCACUUGGAGACGCGCUCGGCACCGCGUGAGAUCCAGCUGGAGAACUCCAUACUGCCCAAGAACCCCUCGAUUGGACUGGUGCGCGUUCAGACGCCGCCGCGUAUUAUUACCCUGACGGAUCAUCACUUUCCCUCGGCCUCCGAGGAGAACUCGCCCAUUAGGCCAAAUGGACACCAUAUGUACGGUGAGGAUCUGGGCGAUGAGGAAGAUGACGAUGAGGCAGGACACCCUGCCACACAGUAUGUACGGGCCAAUGGAGCAGCACGCAUGGGCUUCCAUGCCAACGAUACGCACUCGGUGGAGUCGGACUCGCAGUUGACCACCGGCAGUGCCAGCAAGCGCUCGCAGCAUAACCAGCAGCACAACAAUCUGGAUGCCUCGAUGCUGUCACAUCGCGAGGGCACACCCAUGGGCGAGCUGACGCCCCACGAGGAGAUCCUGUAUCUGAGACGCCAGCUGGCCAAGCUGAACCGCCGAGUGUUGAACAUUGAGAUCAACAACGAGCAGCGUACACAGCGGGAGAAGAUUGUGUAUUGCCUGGGCCUGGCCUACUUUGUUCUAAAGACAAUAUUCUGGCUGAAUCGCAAUUAAAUGGAUGGAUGAACCGACGAAGACGGUGCUAGGCCACAAUACACACACAACCAAUAGCCUAUAAAUGGAGACAGCUUCUUUCGUUUAUGACUCCUUCCUUGUUUCCCUUUGAUUUUUGUGGAAAGGCUCUGAGAGAGACUUUCGUUUGUACGUUUUGCCAUACAACUUUCGUAGUCUAAGCUCGAUAAUAAAUAAGCGCAACACCUUUCUGUUUUGUAGACCGUGGAAAACCCAAAAGAAAUCCCAAAGCAAAGGCAAACCCUACUUAAAUUGUAAGACACCCUGGCACCAUUCUAAAUUUAAGCUUUAAUCUCUACGUGUUUCACCUGAACAACAGCCCCCGAAUUCGAUCAUCAUUGCACCGAUUAGAUAUUGUCUAAAUAGGGUUGUGUUUAUGUUUUUAGAUCUGUUAAUCCCAAAGUGAAGACAAGAAGUAACUCCAAUGGUAUUUUGUAUGCGAUAACCCAUACGAUAAAUAGUUGAAUAUACAUUAUAAUAUAGAGAACUACAAAUCCCACAAGAAUCAUUGCAUUGAUUUUUGCAUAAACCUAAACUACCAGGAGGCAAAAGAGGUCAUUUUAGAGUUUAGCUAUUGAAUUCAUGAUGAUAUUUAAAAUAAAACGUUUAAUAUACCAAAAAAAAAA